AUGAAGAACGAUAUUCACAAGACGUUCGGCGAGAUCUUCGAUGGCGAUAUCACGGCUUUCCGCAAGCAACUGCUAGAGAUCCAACACAUCCAUGCUGAUCGGAAGAAGGCUGAAGACUGGGUAUCGAAACUUCGCUUCUUAGAUAUUUCCAAAGUCCCAAACCUACUGGACGAGGAAGUUCAACAAUAUGUCUCUUACGCUUACGAGCCUCCCGAUGACCCGUGGCUUGAUCCAGAGAUACCGUCGCAUGAAAUCCCUGUUACAGAGCGCGAAGAUGACGACAGCGAGGUUGAAUACAUCGCUGUCUCUUGGAGGUGGGAAGAACGCCAUCAUGACCAUCUAUAUGGUGCAACCAAGCCACCUGUCUUCGACUACCAGAUCAAGAGACCUGAUGCCCCAGCCCAUAAAAGUAGCUUUCCAGGCCGCUAUAUGGAUCGAGUAAUUCGAUUCGCCCAGAGCAAGAGCAUCAACGCGUCCAAAUUAUGGAUUGACAAGGAAUGUAUAUAUCAGAGACGCGAAGACGAACACAUCUUCCCAGAGGACAAAGAGCUUGGUGUUCAGAUCAUGGACGUUGUGUAUGGCGGCAGCACCUUGUCAGUUGGCUUACUUACGGUGGAGCUUGCACGCGAGCACGAAAUUGACCUCCUAUCGGAGCUGCUUCAAGGCGAAAUCUUUGCCAAUCCCAGGUCCCAAAGCUUGCCAAGACUGGGACCCGGAGUUGACGAGAGGGCAGUACAGAUGCUCAUCCUGCGUAUCUUGAGCGAUCCACGCUGGUCGCGCGGAUGGAUCUUCCAGGAAGAUCAUCUGGCUUCCCAUCGGAUGGUCCUGCUUAUACCAUGUACCCGAGGUAUUCGCAAAGAUCGCGGAUACAACUUUGGUGAUACGAUGGGGGAAUUACAAAUCAGACUCAAGGAUUUCCGACAAUCCGUGACCAUGUUUUGCGAGGCCACCUACAAGGAUCAAGGACGAUGGCCGAAUACUGAGUUUUUGGGAAAGGCAAAACAGUACAACAUCUGCAAUAAGCGCUUCGUAUUUGGGGGACCGGGUAUCCCUCAGGUCUCCCGGCGUCUUUGGAGGGAUGAUGCCAGCGACGAGAGCAACCCUAGAGUUGAAGCCUACCCCACUACCACUAACAGCGUACUGGAAGACAUUUGCAACCGAUCACUGGAGCAUGAGGAGGAUAGGAUCGCCAUUCUUGCAAACGCUUUGAGGUUCAAUAAGCGACUAAACCUCGCAAAAGAUUCUCCCUUGCUCGAGGUGGGCCAAUACAGCCUCUCUGUAGCACUGCUCGCACUUGUGCUCAUGAAUGGCGAGAUUCUGGCUGAUGUAUCGUUGCAGAAAGAUCUGAUGACAUUCACAUUGCAGUCAUACCUAGAUGCAUGCAAAUACAAAUUUGUUGUUCCUAACCUCAGAUACCGGCAGAGUUUCGUCGACCGUUGCCGUUUCAGGUCACCAAUCAUCACACCUCGUGGUCUUGAGACGAAAGGCUUCCUGUUCACGCUACUGCCUAAAAGGCCAUCAAAGGAUAGAGCACAUAGAUACAACCCUCUCCUCCUCACGACCUCGGAUCGGCAAACCCUGUCGCCAAUGGGCGGAGGUCCAAUGCUUGGGGGCAAGAAGCUGAACAAGAAUGCACACACAGUAUUGAAUCUGGUGGUCCGGAAGCUGGAGGCACUAUGGCCAGGUAGUAAGCUCGCCAGGCAUAUGCUGCGGCACUUAUCGUUCGACCAACGUCAGCGACAAGGGGAAGACGUACCGCCGUCUGCAUCAUAUGUAAUGGAUAUGAUGUCCGUCCUUUAUCAAGCUCUUUGUGAGGACGAUCAAAAGCUACGUCUCGCGCGAUUAGCUUCGGCCCCUUUCGAUGGAGAGCCUGUUGCCAUCUUUAUUGAGCCGACGCCGGACGGCUGGAUAAUGGAGUAUCCAGACACCAAAACACAAGACGGGAAGCCGAUUCUCGCCAACGUAUUUACCAGCUGGGACGCCACGCGAAAGCCCUACAACAAAGACCGGGUCCGUAGGGCAUGGAAAGACUUCGCCGAAAAUUGUCCGGAUCCUGCUCUUGUAACCCUGAUCAAUGGCCCCAUGGAGGAUACUAGAAGACUGCUGAACAUGACACAAAACUUUGUGCGAAAGCUCAUCGACUUGGCAGAGAUCAAACUGAAGCAGGUAGAAACGGAAGCACAAAUAGCCGGUGCAGAAUGGCUCGACAACCCGACUGAUCCCAUGAACAACGCCAAAUUCCUCAUGGCGAGAAAGAUUCAUAGCGCCUACUUCAAGCAUAUGAGGGAGGCUUGGGAUGUUGGAUUAAAAAUUAUUCCUGGAAUACAGGCGAGAUUUGACGAUAUGGAGGACACGCUCGAGAAGCUUGCUGUGCUCAUACCAAUCGAGGAGCUGGCGCUGCCACUUGAGCCGUUCGUAGUCAAGGGAUUAGAGGUCAACGACAGGAUGUGGGUGUUUGCAAUAAGGUUAUUGGGCAUCGUGCGGACGGUUGAUAUCCCCCUCGGUGUUGCGACUGUGGCUGUCAACGUCAAAAAGUACCCAGAAGCGGACAAACAUGCGCGAGCAAGAUACAAUUUUGGGGAUUACUGA